UCCCUCAGACAGUUUCACUUUUGUUUUCUGGCCCCUGGAGCAGGAUCCAGAGUCCGAGCUAAAGGCGUGGUGGGCUGGGGACGCCCAGACAGGGGGCAGUGGUUGCAAUGGCAGAGGCAGAGGAGGUGGGGGUGGCCGUGGAGCUCAGCGGGCUGCCCCCCAAUAUCCCGGAUGAGUUGCUCAUGCUCUACUUCGAGAACCGCCGACGCUCUGGGGGGGGACCUGUGCUGAGCUGGCAGAGACUCGGCCGUGGGGGUGUGCUCACUUUUCAAGAGCCUGCAGACGCUGCUCGGGUCUUGGCCCGGAAGGAGCACGUGCUGCCCGGGGCUCGGCUGAGCCUGCGGCCGGCCCCGCCUCGUGCCCCUGCACGCCUCCUGCUCCAAGGACUGCCCCCUGGCACUGCACCCCAGCACCUGGAGCAGCACGUCCAGGCCCUGCUGCGUGCCAUGGGGCACCCGGAGCAGCCCUGCCGUGUCCUGGCCAGUCCCCGACCAGACAGGGCCCUAGUCCAGCUGCCCAAGGCCCUCUCUGAGGCAGACAUCCAUGUGCUGGAGGAGCAGGUCCAGGCCCUGGGCCUGGAUGGGGCUGACGUAUCCCUGGCGUGGGUGCCCCAGGCCCGAGCAGUGCGUGUGGUGGGGGGCGCCUUGCCUGUGGACUCUCUGUUGCUGGAGCUGUACCUGGAGAAUGAGCGCCGCAGUGGCGGGGGCCCCCUGGAGGACCUGCGCAGCCUGCCGGGGCAGCUGGGCACCGUGGUCACUUUCCAGCGGUGGCAGGUGGCUGAACGGGUGCUGCAGCAGGACCACUGCCUACAGGGCUGGGAGCUGAGCCUGGUCCCCCACUACAACGUCCUGGAGCCCGAGGAGCUUGCUGAGGGCCCCAGUGGAGGGGACCACUCGGCUGACCUGGGGACUAGGGCCACGGAGAGUGCUCUCCUGGAGGCUGGAGGGCCAGAGAGGGCACCGAAGGGCGCAGAGACAGUGACCCUGGGCUCUGAGGAGGCAGUGGGCCAGUCAGGAGCCUCUCUGGGGACGGACCCCACAGGGUCCCUGGGACAGGACAGGCCAGUCAUCUUGGGGCCCAUGGAAACUUUGGAAGAUGAGGAGAUGGAAAGCCCGGAGCCCGCGGGGUAUUCAGGGCAGGCAGGGGUGGCGAGCCCGAGGCCCACAGGGUCUCCAGGCCCAGUGAGCCCAGUGGACAGUGCCAUGGGGCCUCCAGAGCAGGCGGGGCUGGUGGAGAUGGUGCUGUCGAUGGAGCCGGGGGCCAUGCGCUUCCUGCAGCUCUAUCACGGGGACCUCCUUGCUGGCAUGGGAGACGUUGCCCUCUUCCCACUGGAAGGAUCAGAUAUGACUGGCUUUCGGCUCUGUGGAGCCCUGGCCCCAUGCCGGGCAGCCCAGGAGUUUCUGCAAAGUCUGCUGGGCAGCAUCAGCUGCCACGUGCUGAGCCUGAAGCACCCAGGCAGCGCCCAGUUCCUGCUGGGCCCAGAGGGGCAGCACCUCCUCCAGGAGCUGGAGGCCCAGUUCCAGUGUGUCUUUGGGACAGAGCGUCUGGACACAGACUCUGCACAGGUCGACCUUCCCGAGGCCCUCCAGACCUUCCCUGACCAGCCCCACUCUCUGUGGCCCCUGGAGAGCACAGGCAGUGACCAGGAGAAUCUGAGCCUGGAGGAGGUUCGAGAGCGGCUGGCCACCCUGGAGGGCCUGGACAGGGAGGACGGGCUGCCCCUGGUGCCCGGGGAGGAGGAGCCCGAGGAGCAGCUGGAGGAGGAGCCUGUCCCUAGGUUUGAGGAGGAGCUGCCAGCCCCCGGCACUGGGGCACCUGGGCAGCUGGAGGAGGAAGCGGCGCUGCAGCUGGCUCUCCACCGGUCACUGGAGCCACAGGGCCAGGCGGCGGAGCAGGAGGAGGCUGCUGCGCUGCAGAAAGCGCUGGCCCUCUCCCUGCUGGAGCCAACCACUUGGGAGGCAGAGGAAGCACUCCUGGGGGCGGGCACCGCGGGCCAGGCCCAGCUGGUGGUACAUGUGGCCUUCGAGCAGGACAUGGAUGAGCUGGACCGGGCCUUGGGGGCUGCCUUGGAGGUGCACCUCCGAGAUGAGACAGUGGGGCUUCUGGGUCACAUGCUGCCCACAGAACUGCGUGCCCGCCUAGAGCGGCGGCACGGUGUGAGUAUUGCCCUUCAGAAUGACUGUGCUGUCCUCCGCGGCUUUGGGGUCCAGCCCAUCUGUGCGGCCCGCCACUUAGCAGCACUGCUGGCUGGCCCCUGGGAUCCCAGUUUGGUCUUGGAGGCUUCGAGCACCACCUUGCCACACCGGAGGCCGAAGGGGCCCUUGGGCAGGCUGGAGUGUCUGGCGGAGAGCAGCCGGGAGUUCCAGGCAGUAGUGCGGGCCUUCUAUGACACCCUGGACACUUUCCACAGGAGCAUCCGUAUCAUCCGGGUGGAACGCGUGCUGCACCCGCUGCUGCAGCAGCAGUACGAGCUGCACCGAGAACGCCUGGAGCAGCGCUGUGAGCAGCACCCGGUCGAGCACGUCCUGUACCAUGGCACGUCCGCGUCCGCCGUCCCAGACAUCUGUGCCUACGGCUUCAAUCGCAGCUUCUGCGGCCGCAACGGCACGCUGUACGGGAAGGGCGUGUACUUCGCCAAGCGCGCCUCCCUGUCGGUGCAAAACCGCUACUCGCCCCCCAAUGCCGACGGCCACAAGGCAGUGUUUGUGGCGCGGGUGCUGACCGGCGACUACGGACUGGGAAGCCGGGAGCUGCGGGUGCCCCCUAGGCGGGCCCCGGGCCACGUGCUCCUGCGUUACGACAGCGCUGUGGACUGCCUCCGCCAGCCCAGCAUCUUCGUCAUCUUCCAUGACACGCAGGCGCUGCCCACCCACCUCAUCACGUGCGAGCACAUACCCCGGGCCUCCCCUGGGAACCCCUCUGGGCCUUUGGCCGACUCCCCGGCCAUCUAACCCGAUAGGCCCCUCUCGACCCCGUCUCUGGCCGCCUGCUCCCCAGGCUCCGGCUCCAUCCCCACACAGCCUCACAGAUCCCUGCGCUGCCUGAGCUCCCGCCUCCUGAUGCGCCCCUUCCUCCUGUUGCUGUUCAGGGAUCCGCGGUGCAACGAGAAGGGCAGGGGCCGGGUCCCCUCAGGGGCCGACCCAACCACCAGGGGUCAGCAGAGCCCAGGAGGAGGCCGGACUUUGCCCGAACGCGAGGCUGAAAUUUGAAUAAACGUGAAAUGGGGUGGAGGAACCUG